UCUUGCCCUUUGUCGUCUGUGCACCUGCCCUCUCGGCCUUGUGCUCCCAUUUACUCUCCAGACCGGACCCCCGCCCCGCCGAGCUCCUCGGGACCCAGCCCCAUCCCUCUCUCUCUUUGUCAUCUGUACACCUGUCACCUCAACGCUGUCCCUCCACUCCACCACCCCGUCUUCCAAGGUCUUAUCUAGAGCCAGCCCGGGCCGUCUCCCGCCUUUUCCUCCCCCGGAUUCCUCCCCCAGCCCUGACUGUCUGACCUCCAACUGCCCCACUCAGCCCGAGCCCCCUGUUCCCCCACCAAACUCCUUUGUUGGCUCUGCAGCUGUCCCCUUGGCCCUACUCAUCUUCGUCCCCCAAUUAUACCAAACCCCAGCCCAGACGCCCCUCCCCUGACCAGUGAGCCACCCCCUCGCCAGCUGUGCUCUGGCAUUCCUCGGGGUCAGUGCCCAGCCCACUGCUCGCUCAGCCUAGCCAUGUCCCUUCCUCCUUCAGCCCAGCCCUCACACCCUCUCACCCUUUCCCAGAUGGCCCAAUUUUCUCCCCCACAGGUGCCCUGGAGAAGCCAUGGAGUUGAGCAGCAAGAAGAAGCUACAUGCCCUAUCCCUGGCUGAGAAGAUCCAGGUGCUGGAACUCCUGGAUGAGUCCAAGAUGUCCCAGUCGGAGGUGGCCCGGCGCUUCCAGGUCUCCCAGCCCCAGAUCUCACGCAUCUGCAAGAAUAAGGAGAAGCUGCUGGCAGACUGGUGCAGCGGCACAGCCAACAGGGAGCGCAAGCGCAAGCGGGAGUCCAAGUACAGCAGCAUCGACGAGGCUCUGCUCUGCUGGUACCACAUUGCCCGGGCCAAGGCCUGGGACGUGACGGGGCCCAUGCUGCUCCACAAAGCCAAGGAGCUGGCUGACAUCAUGGGCCAGGAUUUCGUGCCCAGCAUCGGCUGGCUGGUCCGCUGGAAACGCCGAAACAAUGUGGGCUUUGGGGCCCGCCAUGUGCUCACACCUCCGUUUCCCCCCGAGCCACCUCCUUCAGGCCUCACGUCCCAGACCCAGCUGCCUCUUUCCCUGAAAGACUUCUCCCCAGAGGAUGUUUUUGGCUAUGCUGAAGUGCCCUUGCUGUAUCGGGCAGUGCCCGGCACAGUGGGUACAGGUGAUCAAGUACAGGUGCUGCUGUGUGCCAACACCAGGGGCACAGAGAAGCGACGGGUACUGGUCAGUGGGCUCCAAGCUGCACCAAGGUGCUUCUUUGGGGUCAGCAGUGAGGCUCUGCCUGCCUCCUACCACCCUGACCUGGGCAUCCCCUGGUCAGAGUGGUUGGCACAGUUUGACCGGGACAUGGGGAGGCAGGGCCGACAGGUAGCCUUGCUGCUGGCUGCCCAAGUGGCGGGGAAGUUGGCAGGCCUGUCUGGGCUCUGCCAUGUGAGGCUCCUGCCUCUUUCUACCGCUAGCACCACACGUUCCCUGCCCAACUCUGUGGUCCGGGCCUUUAAGGCCCAUUACCGGCACCGUCUGUUGGGCAAGCUGACAGCUGGCCAGAGCGAGAGGGCUGGCACAUCGCUGGCCGAGGCUGGGGCAGGCAUCACAGUGCUGGACACUCUGCACAUGGUGGCGGCUGCCUGGGCCAAGGUGGCUCCGCAGUCCAUUGUAAGCAGCUUCAUUCAGGAAGGCCUGGCUCCCAGCAAAAUGCCCCUGUCCCUGGACAAAGCCUCUGAGCUGCCACCCGUCCCCUGCGGCCUGAGCCUCGAGGAGUUCUCCCGCUUUGUGGACCUGGAGGGUGAGGAGCCCAUACCUGGAGUGUGCAAAGAGGAAGUGGACACUAAAGAUGAGGGGGCUGGUGAGGACAGCUUCGAGCCCCUGCCCACCAAAGCCGACGCGCUCCAGGCCCUGGGCACGCUGAGGAGGUGGUUUGAGUGCAAUGGCACCUCCCCGGAGCUAUUUGAAAAGUUCUAUGCCUGUGAGGAGGAGGUUGAGCGGCUCUGCUGCCUGUAAAGGCCCUGCUGCUCCCCAGAGCCCCUUCCUCUCCUGUUUCCCAUGGAAACGCCCUCGCAGAAGGCAGAUUGGAGGCUGGUCUGUUUCCCAUGGAAAUGGAGCUUUUGCGAAAGGUGUAGAAGGAAGACAAGUUGAGACACCAAGUCUAAGCUCUGAACAAGUUAUCCAAGCCCAGAGAAGAGGGGUCCAGGGGUGGGUGGCGUUAGGGGCCUGAAGCUAGGCUACGUAGUUUCUGAACCUCUAGGGAGGCUGGGACUAGGGAAGGUGGAAUCUGGGCUUUACAGACAGGCCGGUGCCUUGAACUCUCUGUUAAAAACAGUUCUGCUUCUGAAAAUAAAGUUUUUAAUGAGAAAAGAGGCCAGGGUGUAAUUUUCAGGGGAGAAGGAUGGAAACUUUCAACUCGGAUUUUUAUUUUAAUCCUCCCCUGAGGAUAUGUCUAUUGAUUUGAGAGAGAGUAACAUUGAUGUGAGAGAGGAACAUCGAUCAGUUGCCUUCUGUGCUCGCCCUGACCGGGGAUCAAACUUGGAACCUAGGUAUGUGCCCUGAUGGGGAAUCGAACCCGAAACCUUUUGAUGUACAGAUGGGACGAUGAUCCAACCAACUGAGCCACUUGGCCAGGGCUCAGCUCUGAUUUUUAACUUGGCUGCUGAGGGUUGCCACCACACAGCUCUCUGGAGCUGUCUGCAGAUGACCAUAGGGGUCCUCUUCUCCCAGCAGGAGGGAACCCCUGGGCAGGGGGACUCUCAUCAGCUAGCAGACAGAUCCCAAGAAUCGCUCCGCACUUUCUGCUGCUCUGCUGACUUCACUGUCAGAUUGCGGGAGGGGAGGUGAUGUGAGGAAGGAGGGAGGCAGGCUCGGGACUUCCUAGGGAUACAGAACGGAGCCAGAACUUGGAAUAGUCGCCGGUUCUUUUUCUUUUUCUGUCAUUCAUUUGAUCAUUUCACAACAUCUCUUCAGCAAGACCUGCGUGACGGAGGAGGUUGCAAAGAUGAUGCCCCUGCUGGGCAGGACCUUGCAGACAAUGACAGUGGAGUGUGAUUAUAUGCAAAGUGCUGUGGCCCUGUAGAGCCUGGGAGACUCCUGGAGGAGUUGCUGUGUGAAAAACAUGGGAAGGUGGGGAGCAAAGGUGGAAACCAGAAAACCAAGUCAGGAAGCUGCUGAGUUGGUGGGACUGCCUCAUGGAUAGAGCAUCAGGUAUGAAGGGGUGAGAAGAACCAAAGAGGACUAUUUCCAACAGAUCAAGUGUUUUAAAAUCAAGGUCAAGGCAGUCCUAUUCAAUUUUGCAGGCACUGCCAUAUGCAAAGUAAGGGGUGGCAAAAAAUAGUAUGUACAUUAUUUCAGUUUCCUUACAAGCUUGUAACAGACACCCUCUAUGUUCAGAAAGCAUACAGGCUCCAGGGCAGCAAAGAAUAAGGCACAGUGCCUGUUCCUAGGUGCUCACUAGAGGGAGGGAUAGCAAGUGACUGACUAUACAGGUCAGUCGUGUGGAUUAGACAAAUUUAUAAAGUGUUUUCUACUUGCCAGGCACUAUUUUAUUUUAUUUAUCUUUAUUGUUGGGAGUAUACCAGGUACUAUUUUAAUCACUAUGCAUCGUCAUCAUCAGUCUUGAGAAGAUGAUGGACUGGAUGCAGAGUCCAGAGGCAGAAAGAUGGGUCCCAUCUUCUGAUAUCUCUGCAUUGUACCCGAGUUCCUUCCCAUCUACCUUCAGUUCUCUUCAGCUGUGACAGUUCUCUGGGUGUUUUUUGUUUUUUGUUUUUUUUCAAAUAUUUAGAAUAAUUUUUAUACUGUCUUUUAUUUAUUUUUAUGCAUUUAAAUAUUUUAUGCAUGGUUACUUUCUGUAUCUGAUAAGCCUAAUAUCUGAAAUGCUUGGGGGGGCUAAAUCUGUUGUGUGUGUUUUGUACUCGUGCUUUAAUUCAUGGUGGCUUAUUUUCCCUGUGGGUCUGAUAAUUUUUAUUGUGGGAAUUUUUUUAAAAUAUAUUUUAUUGAUUUUCUUUUUAGUGUGGGAAUUUUUUUAAUUGGUUGCACUUUAUCUCUGGAAAACCUCAAGAUCCUGAUUUAGACUGCUCACCUAUAGAAAAAAAUUGUAGUUGCUCCAAUAAGGCACAAGGGGGCGCUGACACCAUGAUAAAUUAAUUUCUGGGAGGAAGGUGUCCCAGACCUGAAGUACCAUAAGGUAAUGGAACAGGCAUGUGGUUGGUUCCUGGUUCACAGGAGAGCCGAUCUUAUUCUUAAUUGUUCCCCACCACACACACAGAGGCAUAUUUCUUUGUGGGUUCUCUUUACUGGUGGGUGGAAGUUUUCUGGUCUAUGCUUUUGCUAAAAGUGUAGCCCCUUCCAGAUCUUGACUUAACUUAUGAGACUUGGGUUCAGCUGGGAUUCACAGUCUAUGAGUCUCCUGUGUGGUUCUUUAAUCUUCAAGGUCAAGGUAUUAGCAUUUGCCCCAAGGGCAGCUUUGGAGACAACCUGGUUUACACUCUGUUGUUUGAAGGGGUCCUUGUGAAGUUCCCUCACUAUUGGCAAAGUUAGUGAUGGUUCUUAAAUUAUGUUUGUUGUACUGGAUCUAGAGUUAGCUGCUUAAUGAUAGGCGGGAUCUACAUAAAGUCUAGAGCCCUGGCCUGACAGAAGGGAAGUUGGGAAGAGCAGUUUUCUUUCAUUCUUUCAUUCACUUGUUCAAAAUUAUUUAUUGAGCACCUCUGUAUGCCACCUAGAGUCAAAGUCACUGCUUUAUGGAGCUCAUAGUUUAGAGAAGAGACAGUUAUAAUCAAAGUCACACAAAUGAAAGUAUAUAAUUACAGAAUGGAAGGACAGACAGCUAAAUCUGUUGUGUGUUUUUUGUUCUGAUGCUUUAAUUCGAUGGUGGUUUUUUCCCCUGUGGGUCUGGACAUUUUUGUUGUGGGAAUUUUUCCCAUGUGGGUCUGGUAAUUUUUGUUGUGGGAAUUUUUCCCCUGUGGGUCUGGUAAUUUUUGUUGUGGGAAUUUUUUAAAUUGGUUGCACUUCAUCUCCGGAAAACCUCAAGAUCCUUGUAUGCUAAGCAACCAAGAGAAGGUGAAUGCUCAGAGCCUUGUGGACUGUGGAAGGAGCUUGCCCAGAUUGCUCAGAAUAACAGGAAGCUAUCAAGGGGGACAAAGGAGUAGGGUAACUUGAUCAAAAUUGCAUUUGAAAAAGUUGAGUUAUUGUCCAGAUUCAGGACAGGAGCGGGGCUGUAGUACAGGCACACCUGGCUUUAUUGCCUUUCACGGAUGUUGCACUUCUUACAAAUUGAAGGUAAGACCCUCCACCGGCAAAAAGAUUAUGACUUGCUGAAGGCUCAGAUGAUAGCAUUUUUUUUUAGCAAUACGGUUUUUUUGGUGGCAGCGGUGGGAUCAAUAGGUGUUUUAAAAUUAGGGCAUGUGCAUUGGUUUUUAGGCAUGAUGCUAUUUCACACAAUAGACUACAGUAUUAUGCAGAAACAACUUUUAUAUGCACUGGGAAACCAAAAACCUCAUGUGACUUGCUUUAUUGCAAUAUUCGCUGUAUUUCAGAGGUCUGGAACCACGCCCACAGUAUUCCUGAAAUAUGCCCUUGUUAGGAUUGGAAAGAAGGGAGUGAGUCCUAGGAAACUUCAGGUUAACAUGAGUUGGAGGCUCCUUUGAAGCAGGAGGGGAGGGGAGGGAGAGCUUCUUUGAGAUGUGGGGCCUGAAGGCUUCCCUCUGCCACAGGGCACGGCAGCAGGAGCAGGCGCCUUUGGGUGGAUGCUCAGGGAUCUGUGACCAGAGGUGGCAGUGUGUGCCUGGAGCUCAGGACAGUGGUCAGACAGAGACACCAAUUACGAGUGACUCCUCUUUUUUUAAAAAAAAAAAUAUUUUUUAUUGUUUUCAGAGAGGAAGGGAAAGGGAGAGAGAGAUAGAAACAUCAAUGAUGAGAGAGAAUCAUU